AGCGACGCCCCCGAACCCAGCUGCAGAAGCGGCCGCCACCUCCAACGUUCAAGGUAUCUCAUCUGAAAAGAAACCUGAGCCCCAGGGAGGCGGCGCGGGGCGACCCGGGAAGAGCUGGCGCGAACCGGGCGUGAGGGCAGUGGGCAGCGCUCGAGGAGCGAGGGGAGCUCGGCCGCAGAGGACCCUAGCGACCUGAUCCCGGGAUCCCGGCUCCACGCUCUCCUAGCAUUUUACAGAUUUUCCCCCCGCGACUAUCUCCCCAAAACGGAGCCUUUAUACCAAGAGACGGUGCGGGAGCUGGGGCAACCGGGACUUUCCCGGGCACCCAAGAUGCGCUCCAUCAGGAAGAGGUGGACGAUCUGCACAAUAAGUCUGCUCCUGAUCUUUUAUAAGACAAAAGAGAUUGCAAGAACUGAGGAGCACCAGGAGACGCAACUCAUCGGUGAUGGUGAAUUGUGUUUGAGUCGAUCACUUGUCAAUAGUUCUGAUAAAAUUAUUCGAAAAGCUGGCUCUUCAAUUUUCCAGCACAACGUAGAAGGUUGGAAAAUCAAUUCCUCUUUGGUCUUGGAGAUAAGGAAGAACAUACUUCGUUUCUUAGAUGCAGAACGAGAUGUCUCAGUGGUCAAAAGCAGUUUUAAGCCUGGUGAUGUCAUACACUAUGUGCUGGACCGACGCCGGACACUAAAUAUUUCUCAUGAUCUGCAUAGCCUCCUACCUGAGGUUUCACCAAUGAAAAAUCGCAGGUUUAAGACCUGUGCAGUUGUUGGAAAUUCUGGCAUUUUGCUAGAUAGUGAAUGUGGAAAGGAGAUUGACAGUCACAAUUUUGUAAUAAGGUGUAAUCUAGCUCCUGUGGUGGAGUUUGCUGCAGAUGUGGGAACUAAAUCAGAUUUUAUUACCAUGAAUCCAUCAGUUGUACAAAGAGCAUUUGGAGGCUUUCGGAAUGAGAGUGACAGAGAAAAAUUUGUGCAUAGACUUUCCAUGCUGAAUGACAGUGUCCUUUGGAUUCCUGCUUUCAUGGUCAAAGGAGGAGAGAAGCACGUGGAGUGGGUUAAUGCACUAAUCCUUAAGAAUAAACUGAAAGUACGAACUGCCUAUCCAUCACUGAGACUUAUUCAUGCUGUCAGAGGGUAA